UAAAUCACAGGUGAGACACGUUAAGGUGUGGCCCUAUUCACAGCCCUAAAAGAAUACCCUUUCCGUGUCCCACCUUCUUUCAAUUUCUUCCCCCACUGAAGAAGCGGGAUUACUCUAAAAAGAGCAGGUUCUUUCUCGCUUUGAGGCGAUUUUUGUGUUGUACCUCUUGUUUCGACUGAUAGUUUCGACCGACACCAUGGCGGCAAUCCAGUGCAUCAAGUACUUGAUGUUUGUCUUCAAUUUUCUCUUCUGGCUGGCCGGGACGGGUGUGCUGGCCGUAGGACUGUGGCUGCGCUUCGACACCAGGACGGCGGCCUUGUUCGAGGGACCGGACGCCCCUACGGUCUUCUUCACCGGCGUGUACAUCCUGAUUGCGGCGGGGGCGCUGAUGAUGGUCGUGGGCUUCCUGGGAUGCUGCGGCGCCAUCAAGGAGUCUCCCUGCAUGCUAGGAUUGUUCUUCUUCUUCCUGCUCGUCAUCUUCGCGAUUGAAGUGGCUGCCGGGAUCUGGGGCCUGUCCAACAAAGACCGGGUGGUGGAGGACGUGACGGAGUUCUACAAGCAGACCUACGCCAACUACAAGGACACCCGCCAGGAGGCCCUGAAGGAGACGCUGCGGCUCAUCCACUUCGGGCUGGACUGCUGCGGCCCCACAGGGACCGUGAUCGACGCAGCCAAAGACAUCUGCCCCAAGAAGGAGGGCCUGGAGGUCCUCAUUACCACGAGCUGCCCCGCUGCCAUCGACGAGGUGUUCAACGGCAAGCUGCACAUCAUCGGAGGGGUGGGCAUCGGCAUCGGGGUCAUCAUGAUCUUCGGCAUGAUCUUCAGCAUGCUGCUCUGCUGCGCCAUCAAGAAGUCCCGGGACUUUGUCUAAACUGGCCCACCAGCAUCUCCAUUAACUUAUGUUUAUACCCCCGCCCCUCCACAUCCACCUCGUCACUGCUUUAGAUUUCCCUGUUUUUAUACAUUUCGUUUUUUACCAGUAAUCCAAUAGCCUUUAGCCGUCUGUGGCACUGCCCCCUGCUGGAUGGACCAAGGGUCCCGUGAGAGCUGGGGGGCUGUGCGGCUCUCGGCCCUGUAGAUGUUCAUAUUUGCGGGGUUCUUCGUUCACCUCUCCUUCCUUUUUUAAUACGUUGCAUGAUUUGUUAUUACAAUAACCCAAAAGAAUAUGAGUUUGCUUUAAAUAUCUGUCUUUUUAUUUUAAUCUAUGUAUAUGGAUGAGUAUGAAGGAUACUAGGCCAAGAUUACUUAUUUUUGUGGUAUGUAGGACGAUCAUUUUGGUACAUACCAGUCAAACAAGGAUAUUUGGCACAUGAUGUACGUUAUAACUGCAUAUCAGACCCACAUAAUGGUGUUUAACAUGAAUUUAAAAUAGCCUGUGCAGUCUAGUUUUUCAGCUAGUGUUGACUUGUGUUAAUUUAAGAAACUUGGAUUUCUUCUAAUGCAAGUUGUUUUGACAGGUAAAGAUUGUAUCAUUUG